AGCCGUCCAUGUGAGGAAGGGCACAGCUGGGGACAAGAUGAGUCUCCCCUUCUGACACUCCAGGCUGGGACUUGCAGGCGGCAGCCAGUAGCCCCCCAACCGGCACUCACACAGGUUUUUAGUCCAGUGUGAGUUUGUCGUCUGCAAUAAACACCUCCUGGGGGAAUAUAUUCUGAUGGCUGCCAGUUAUGGAAGUGCUCCUCAACCAGGCCUGCUCUCCCAGCAGUUCCCACCGCCCCUGCUCCCAAAGCCAGCAAAGGACAAUAUCCGGCUCCAGAAGUUACUCAAGAGAACGGCCAAGAAGAAGGCAGCUCCGCCUGCCACACAGGCGCCCGCGCCCUAUCGCUCCAGCCUCUCUCCUGUGAGCGAGGCCAGCCCUGACCUUGAGAAAAGUGACCCCUCAACUCCACCCAGGACACCAGAGACCCCCAUCUAUGCAAGUACUGUGCAGCCCAGGUUCUUCAUCAGGCCCCUCUAUCAGCACACUGCGUCCCCUUACCCAGUCCACCGAAAUUAUGGAAAAACAGCUAGGAUUUCCACGCAGACCUACACAGCUCCAGUCUGCACCAGUCCCCAGCUAGUGGCCUCACUGCAUACAUACACCCCAGCACAAUCAUCAACACCGCAAACUCCAGCUGCAGCUCAGCGUCCUGGGCAGGCAGUCGUGCCAUCAUUACUAAUUACGACAUCAGGCCCAGCUACAGUACCCUCAGCAUCCCAUGUUUCAAGCCAGGUAAGGACAAUUCAUGGAAAGCACAGUCUACAGAUAAUCAUCACCGAGGCUCCCAAAUCCAAAAAACCCAUGUUUGAUGUUCCCCAGAUAACAAUGUAUACAGCUAAAUCUCCAUUUCAUGAGAGGUCGAAGUCACCUUUCUAUGACAGUUCAGGGCUGAAGCCAUUUCAUUAUGGAACAACAACACCCAGGAGUAAAACACCUACAUUUGAGGUAAAGAGAGUGGCAACGCCUACAUUUGAGGUAAAGAGAGCAGUAACACCUACAUCUGAAAUCAGGAGAGUUACCACACCCAUAUCUGAAGUGAGCAGAGGUAUUACAGCAACAUCUGAAGUGAAGAGAGGUACGACACCUACAUCUGAAAUCAGGAGAGUUACCACACCCAUAUCUGAAGUGAGCAGAGGUAUUGCAGCAACAUCUGAAGUGAAGAGAGGUACGACACCUACAUCUGAAAUAAGGAGAGUUACCACACCCAUAUCUGAAGUGAGCAGAGGUAUUGCAGCAACAUCUGAAGUGAAGAGAGGUACGACACCUACAUCUGAAAUCAGGAGAGUUACCACACCCAUAUCUGAAGUGAGCAGAGGUAUUGCAGCAACAUCUGAAGUGAAGAGAGGUACGACACCUACAUCUGAAAUCAGGAGAGUUACCACACCCAUAUCUGAAGUGAGCAGGGGUAACACACCAAUAUCUGGUAUAAAGAGAGGUGCAACCCCUACAUCUGAAAUCAAGAAAAUUGUUGCAUCCAUAGCUGAAGAGAACAAAGGUCCAACACCAACACGUGAGAUUUCUGUUGCAAGACGACCCAAAACACCUUCAUACCAAACCCCUCGAGCAAAAACACCUGUUUUUGAAAAACCAAGGGUCAAUCCACUUUUAUUUGCAACUUCCCCUGUUACAACCACAUCAGGAGAUGCUCACAACUCCACAGUCAGAAAGGACCCACAGACACUCAAAGUUCCAAACUCUGUUGAAACUCCAGCUGAGCCUGAAACUCUAAAACAAUGUCUUUCAUCUGAAUCUGCAAAAACACCAGCAAAAGAUGACACUCCUGCUGAAACUGAAACUUCUAAGUACACAGCUCCUUCCACUGGGUACCAAAGACCAAGAACUCCUACAUAUGAAGCUCCUAAGCCCACAUCUCUUCCAACUGGACACCAAAGACCGAAAACUCCCACAUACAAAACAUCUAAGCCUGCAACACCUCAUUUUGGGUAUCAGAGACCCAAGACCCCAACAUAUGACCCGAACAUAUCUACAGUAGCACCUACCUUGCCUGAAGUCACAAAACCUCAGGCAGCUUCUAAAGAACCAGAAAUAUCAGCGGACAGUGAAGUAUCAGUAACUGAAACUGAAAAUUCAGUCCCAAGACCAAAAACCACUUCCAGUGAAGUGAGAAUAACAGUUGAGGCAGAAGAAAUUCUAACAAAGUUAUCUGAUGAAGAAAAAUCUAAAGUUCACACAUCUGGAGUAAAGAGAGUUAAAACACCUACUCGAGAUACUCAAAAGGUUGUAACAUCAACUAUAGAACCAUCAAUAGCAACAAUCCCUAUGGAGACCCAAAGAGCAAAAACACCAACAUAUGAGGCUCCAAAAAUAGCAACAGGUAUUUCUGAAACACAGGAGAUUCCUGACUGUACUUUAGUAGAAGCACCAUCAUCAAAACUAAAAGCAUUAAAUGCAUCUACAAAAAAAUCACUAGGAGUUAGUCCUUCUGUGUUUCAUGCAAGUGAGAAAAGCACCCUGCCACACCCACUAACGAGGGUAAAAAGUCCUGUCAAGGACAUAAGUAGUGCCAAAGUACUGACCGACCAAGUUGUGGCUGUGCUUAAUAGCGUAAAACAAACACCACAAUCAGAGGGGGCACUCAUACCCAAAACACCUGCUGACAAAACGGAGGCCAUUGUGAUCAAUUUGCCUACCUCUUCUCCCCAAAUUAUUGCCCCAGCUCUAAGCGAAAUUAGGCCUCCUGAUCAAAUCGGUGAUGAAGCAAUGCAAACCGACUCAGCUAACAGUGAGGUUACAGCCUCAGAAAUAAAAGAUCUUAAAGAGGAUAUGACUUUAGUCAUGCUGUCAUCUAAAGGGAAGAGUGGAACUGGUGACAAAUCACUACCAGAGGGAGAAGUUUUACUAAAAACAAUGCUGAAAACAAAGGGCUUAAAAUCCAAGGUCAGCGGCUGGUCCAGGCUCAAGAAACACAUGAUCGUUGAGCCUGAAGAACCAAAGUUUCCGGAAGCAGAGUCUGAAUCCAAGAAAGAUGUUGAGCAGCAGGAGAAGACAGAUGGACAGAAAAAGCCCACUGAGCCUGAUGCAGAAUCUGACAGUCAGGGUGAGACAAAGAGCAAAGAUUCCCCCAGGGCCAUGAAGAUGUGGGAUGCUGUCCUCUUCCAGAUGUUCUCCACCAAAGAAAAUAUCUUGCAGCAGAUAGAUGCCAACAAGAGUGAAGAAGAAAAAACCGUGAGGAACACACAGGAGAUUCCGUCAUUUGCGUAUCGCUUACCGUUGCUCCUCUACAGCCCGCAAUUCAACGCUAGAAAAUUGAAGGAAGCUGCUUCACGGCCCACCACAAAAAUAUUGACAGUGUUUGAGUUGGGGCUGAUAGGUCGCAAGAAUCAAGAUGAGGAGCCGAAAGAUUUUAACAGGACCGCGAAAGGAUUCAAUGCUUCGAAAAACACAGAGGCCUGAUCGAUGGUGGGGGGGGGGGUGGCUGCUGCUUAUGCAUGUUAGCCUUCUCCCUUCUCCUGGUCAAUCUUUGUUAAAUAAAUAAAAAUGAUACAUAUAAACUGAUAAAUAA